AUGGAAGAUAUCAAUCUUCCCGACCUUAACGGUCACGAAACUGGUGUUCAAGAGACUAGCGAGCACGAAGAGGCUCGCCGCGAGGAGCAUGAGCUCUGUGAGGAGCCCGAUGACCUCGCAGACCUUCCUCAGGUACCGCCCAAUACUGUCUCGCAGUCGGUUUCCUGUCUUGUCAUCCUUGACGGAACCCCUCUGAACCUCCAUGAGCAUGGCAACCUGGCUAAACUCGGCCGCGGAUCCUUCAGGCAGCUUGAGUUCAAACUCAAGCUUGAAUACCAUCCUGCCAGCUACAGCAGAGUUGUUAUGGCCUUUAUCCGCAACCAUCCAGGCGGCGAUAGGCGCCAGUUUUGGAUAGGCCGGAUGGAGUUCUACUUGCAAUCCAUCUCUGAGUUGUCGUGCGCUAGGCAGCCCAAAGAUCGCGCUACCAUUUCUCUCAACCGCGACUUCAAUCUCGAACCGGGCACCGUGGAAGCUCCCGAAGGGUGCAUCUACCUAUCAUUCCGCGUCGACAGGGUUAUUUUCUAUUACGAUCCUGUAACGAUUACAACUACGGUGUUCAAAAGGCAGAUCAAGCAGAUGGCUGAAUUCGCCGACUCGGUGAAUAAAGGUUCUUCCAAAGAAGUUGCUUUCAUAGUCAAAGACAACGCCCCAUCUCCUGCCUGGGAGUAUACUCCUAACGAUACUCUACCACAGUCCGCCCCGGUCGUCUCUACCGACCAGUACCUGGAGUGCGAUUCCAACCUGAACGCGUUUAUCGCGGUCGCCAAAUUUAUGGAGAUCAAGUCGGACAGGCUCGCGCCUUGGUUCCGCCUCUCGCCUCGCCAACAACUUCUCAACUCCAGAACCAUUCUACAGGUCGGCAAGAAGUACGUGGUUUCAGGCGGCCGAAAGGUUAUCAGACCCGAGUUAGAGAGUGUCCAUCCCUGCGUCAAAUUCUUUGACCUCCGCCAGUACAAGGUUGCCCAAGCCUAUGGCACCGUCGACGACGCCGCCCGAGUCCAGGCCAUCGCGAACGAGAUGGCGAAGAAGCAAUUCCGCUGCUAUUUGUUCGCCUUCUCGCAGAACAAGGACGACUCCGGCAACCCUUCUGCAGUCGCCGUCGCCAUCCCCCUGGGUCCCAAUACCCACCUCCUCCCUCGCAAGGGUUCCGACUGCAAGAUCAGCAUCUCUGGUCUCGUCCGCGCCAAGAAUCCGCCCUACGAAGUCGACAUCGAGGCGGAUCUGCCCCUGUUCCUGCACGAGCUAAUCAGCCGCGCCGUCCAAGGAUAUCAAGACUCAGACGACUUCAUUGAGAUGUACAAUGUCGUGAAGGAUGGUACAUCAGAGGAGAAGAUUGCAGAAGUGCGGAGCGACCUGAAAGAUAUUUAUGUGGAUGCCCAGACGACCGGAGGCGCGGUUGAUGAAGAAGGUCUAGAAGAUUUUGUCACAAAGCACGCGGCCCAUUUGCAAGUCCCCGAAGUCCCCGAUAAGGAUGCCGAAGAGAAGCUUUUCCAGUGGAACGCGCGCGCCACAGACACCCCGCUCCCCCUUCUCGGCGGUAGUUUCAGGGUAUUCAUCGCAAAAAUACCUCUUGAGCCCUGGAGCGAGUCCUGGGGCGGAGAGCGGAGACGCUCUAACUUCGGCCUGGAGUUUCCCCAGGAAGGGGAGAACUAUGGGGUGUACGUCCAGAGGACGUUAGAGGAGGAGGAGGCCAAGUCUUGCACUAUCACGGUCAAGACCCUCGAAAAGACUCUCCGGCAGGAGAUUCAGGCUCACGGGGAAAUUCAGUGUCGUCCCUCCGUCCCGGCAGAUGCCCCCGGUGUUAGCGACCUGGCCGUGAGUAUAUACAAUUGGCUUCCUACUCUCGAGCUACCCCCCGAAGGCUCGGAAUCUCUCAUCGAUCACUUCGACUUGUUUCCCGGCAUGAAGCGCGCGGUAGACGGUAACGCACCCGGUCACCUGCAGCAGAUGUACGACAGCUUUGACGAGUCCAAGAAGAGUACCUUCAGCGAGCACAUGAGGAAGAUCCCGUUCGGACUGGCAGCGAUUCCCGGCACGGCUGCUUGCGGCAAGUCCCUCUUCGUCAAGUUCUACGCCGCCUUGCACUUGCUAGAAGAACUCCCAGAGGACUCACCUCCCAACAAGGUCCUCAUAAUCCACCCUCAUAACCAAGCCUUGGAUGACUUCGAGCUCGGUUUCAGGCGAACUCUCGAGAAGUACGGAGCGCCACCCGAGAUGUUCCCGCGUAUGGAGAGAGUUCAUAGCAUUCCUACCGAGGUCAGCGCCGCGAUGAAAUCUCUCAGUCGAGGAGACCUUCCGACUGCAGAGUCCGACGAACUAGAUGCCACGGAUCAUUUCCUGGCCGAGUACGUCUUAACCGAAUUCCAGCGCAACGCGGCUGAAUACUCCAAGCAAAAGGGGAGAAACAAUUUCCACACGCAGUCUCUCCACACCUCGGUUCUCAGGGACGUGCAGGAGCAUCCGAAUGACUACAAAUAUAUCAUCAACCUUCAGAAGAUCGGAAGGACCAGGGGUCUGUCCAAAUCUAACAAGACCGAAGCCGAGAACAUGAUCAAGAAGAUUUACGAGAAGAAGCUUCGCCAGGCGCAGAUCGUCUUCGCGACGCCAUCCGCGGCUCGCGAGACUUUGUUUAGGAAGGCCUUCGAGCCAACCUUGGUAAUAAUGGACGAGAAUGCGCGAAUGAGGGAGCUAACAACAAUUAUGUGCAUCGCCUCGUUUCCCACCGCCAAGCUGUUCAUGCUGCUCGGGGAUCCCAGGCAGCUGACCCCGUUUACCAGCAGCACCCCCGGGGAGAUGAAGGCCCCUUUCGACCCCCAAAUCAGCAUCUCGUGUCUGGACAGACUCUUCCGCGCCGGAGUGUCCUUCAAGGGUCUUGUCCACAACCAUCGUCAGUACGCGAAUCUGCAGCAGGAGCCCAGCACGUGGUUUUACAAGGGCUCCAUGCAGUCGAGCAUUGCCAAGGCCGAUCGUUUCCCCCCUUCUGUCAUUCGGGUUCAGCAGAUAAUCCGGAAGCUCACCGGCAUUCCCGAUAGCAACCGCGUUAUAGUCGACAUUACCAACUCCAAGGAGGAGCGCGCCUUUCUGUCCGUUAAGAAUGAGCGCCACGCCUUCUACGUGCUGCGAGCCCUGCGCUAUUUCUACCUCGACGCCAAAUUCACCUCGCUAGACGAGUCUGUGCUCGGAUCCAUCGCUAUCAUCCCCUUCUACGAUGCCCAGGUCACCGAGAUCGAAUCUCUUUUGCGCAACCGCAAAGUUGUCCAUAACCUCUUCGGCGUCACCCCCGCCAAGCUGGCCGAGCGCGUCAGAGUCAGCACCCUCGACAGUUUUCAAGGCGGACAGGCAGAUCUCGUCAUCUUGGACUACACGCGCUCCAACCGGCCGGGAUUCACCGGCGAUUCUCACCGCAACGUAGUCGCCCACACUCGAAGCGUGCAAGGAGAGAUAGUCCUCCUCAGGGAGUCGGUGUUCGGCCCGGGUUCCGGAGACAGCCGAUCUUCCGCCAACCUCCGGCUCAUGUACAGAGCUCUCGAUCGCGAGAGCCGGGUCCACAAGACGAUAUUUUACGAGAACUGUCUGGACUUCGGCCACGAGCAAAAGUACUGCCGAGGCACCGCCCACUGCUCUACCUGCUUUGGGGAGGGCCACACCAUGUCUGCGUGUCUCAUGGAUAAACUGGCCUGCAAAAACUGCGGCGCCAAGGGUCACUUUGCGAAGAAUUGCCCCAAUCAGAGAUCAUUAAGACAUCAUUAA